UUAUUUUAUUUGCAAAUUUAUUUAAUUUCUACCUCCUAGUUUUGAGUGAUAGCUUUUGGCGUCAAUACAUCCACUUCUACUCUCUCUCUCACUCUCUCACACUUUUAGCUCUGAAGGCAAGGCUCGACUUAGAGAGCAUCAAUCGCUCACCGGGCAGAAUUCACAGUUGAUCUUUAAUUAUAGUAAGAGAAUUUGGUGGCUUUGCUAAGAAUUAUUUGGGGAUCUGCCAAUUUGGUGGUGCGGCUAGCAGUUGGGCCGAAGGUGCGGAGGCUUGGCAGAAUGGGUGUGCGUCAAUAUCGAAGGAUAUUGAUUUUUCAGAAGCAACACUUGAAUCACUCGCAUCUCUUGACGGAAGUGCAGAGGAAACAUGAUGGUCCCCCGGUUAUCUGCGAUGGGUGCGGUGACCCCGUGCUUGGGCCUAGCUACACUUGCAACAUUUGCAAGCAACAUGAUGGGAGUGGCUUCAAUCUCCAUAAAUCAUGCGCCGAGCUACCGAGUGAGAUCCACCACCCGAUCCACCGCGAGCACGGACUUACUCUUGACAUUGACGGGGAAAAGAGUUGCAGUGCAUGUCAUAAAGGUUGCCGUUUCAGUUACAGUUGUUUUCAUUGUAAGUUCAACGUUGACCUCCAAUGUGCUUCCAAGUGGCGCAACAUUCGUGACUGCGACCACAAAUUCACCCAACUUAGGAGCCCAGCGCAAUUACCUUGUGAAGCCUGCGGCAAAGAGAGUUUUAGUACUGGUACUGCCGAUAGAUAUAGCACCGCCUUGUACCUCUGCAGCAUCUGCCAGCUCCUGGUCCAUAAAGAUUGUUCUUGGUUACCAAACCGCGUCAAAACGGCCCAGCACCGACACCUCCUAAAGCUCACCUGGUGGUUUGAAGAUACUUUCCCGAAAAUCCAAAAUUUCUGUGACCUCUGUCAUGAACACAUGGGCAAAAGCCGCGCAGUUUAUUAUUGUCUACAUGAACGUUGCAGUUAUGUCGUCCAUAAUAUGUGCGCAACAAAACAUGGUCAGGCGGUUCAAGAUAGUGAUGAUGAUGAUGAUGAUGAUGAUGAUAGAAUAAUCAACAACCAAAUUGAGCUGCAAAUCAAUCACUUCAGCCAUCCACAUAUCUUAGCCCUCAUCAAUAGUGAUCGUCAAGAUAAUGGUGAUGAUGAUGAUAGAAUAAUCACUUGUAAUGGCUGCAUGCGACCCAUCACCAAAAUUGAUGCCUUUUAUAGCUGUACAGAACAAGAGUCGUCGUGCUCUUUCUUUCUACAUACAGCUUGUGCACAGUUACCUAAAAUGAUUCGUGUCCCAUUUUUCCUUGACCAGUUUGAACUCCAUCCAAGGGCUCAUUCGAUUAGUGGGGUGUUCCACUGUGUCAUGUGCAGGACAUUUGGCCAAGGCUUCGUAUAUUCUGAAGCACGUGGUUAUUAUAAUUUUGACCUUCACUGCACUAUUCUAUGGAAGCAGAAGGCUCUUAAACAUGAGGCUCAUGUUCACACCCUCCGUCUCAACAUAACAACUGAAAACACUUAUAUAUGUAGGGGUUGCGGCACUUCUGGAAAUUGGUUUUGGUUCAGUUGUAGGAGAUGCGACUUCCAUCUCUGUUUUUCAUGUGUUAAAUUACCCCCGACAGCAAGGCACAGGUACGACAAUCAUCCUCUCAAGCUCACCUAUGACAGUGUUAAAAACGAAUUAGAUGAAUAUUAUUGUGAAAUAUGCGAAGGCAAACGAGAUCCCAAACUCUGGUUCUACUCCUGCUCGGAUUGUGACUUUGAUUGUCAUCCUCAUUGCAUUCUCGGGAGGUAUCCGCAAGUCAAGUUAGGAGAUAGUUACAAGCAUCCGGCUCACCCACACCUUGUCACCCUUGUUGACAAGAGAAGGAGUGAAAUUCCUUUCCAUAAGAGAGAGCGGAUCCUUCCUUGUGACAAGUGUAGUAAACCGUGCGAAGGAUUGGUGUUUGAAUGUUCUGAGUGUAAUAUAAAUCUUCACAGAGAAUGUGACGAGGAUGACGAUGACGAAGAUGACAGACAAAUAUUACACUAGAAAAGUGGAAGUGUUAAUGUCUGAUUUUUCAAAUUAAUUGAUUCUAGUUUCAUAUUUUGUACUUAACAGUCUUAGUGUUUAAACUAAGAUAUAAAAUUGUUAGUUACCGAUAUAUAUGUAGGAGUUUAUUGUAUGCGAAUUAUUCCUAAACCAAUUGAGCACUUAAACCA